AUGUUUGCUGACUGUUUAUUGCAUUCAACGUGCUUGUCAAAGUCAAAACACAUCCGAGAUUCAUCUACAUUUUCUCCUGCUUCUUCGUUGAUUUCUUCCGUUAUCCUCCUGCUCUUUAAGAUGGGAGACGAGAGCCGAAGCUACACGGUGGAUGAUGCACUUGCAAGCGUAGGAUUUGGGAAGUUCCAAAUGCUUGUGCUUGCGUAUGCAGGGAUGGGUUGGAUUUCAGAAGCCAUGGAAAUGAUGCUUCUUUCGUUUGUGGGACCCGCACUUCAGUCUGCAUGGAAUCUUUCCUCUCAUGAACAAAGCAUGAUUACUAGUGUUGUCUUUGCUGGCAUGUUGGUUGGAGCAUAUUCAUGGGGUGUUGUUGCAGAUAAACAUGGAAGGAGGAAAGGAUUUCUUUACUGCAAUGGUUACUUCUGUGGCUGAACAAGUGAAGCCCUUCGAAUCUUGGAAAAAGUUGCCAAGAUAAACGGGAAAUCACUUCCCUCCGGAAUCCUUGUUUCCGACAAUGAAAUCGAGUUGAAUGUCAAGUCAAUGGAAUCAGAAGGUGCACGCUUGCUCCCUCAGAGUAAUAAUAAUAAGCACACGGAUGAUGAAAAACCGGAAGUUAUCAAUCAUAGUAAAAGUAAUGUGUCAACAUUGGCAAUGUUGUUUUCACCGGAAUUGAUAAAGCCGACUUUGCUUUUAUGGGUGGUUUUCUUUGGGAAUGCUUUUUCUUAUUAUGGGCUUGUGCUUCUUACAACCGAGUUGCAUAAUGGUGCGAAUAAUUGUGGACCAAAUGGAUCACGAUCUCAAGGCUCGGAGGAGGUUAGCUACAAAGAUGUCUUCAUCACUAGUUUUGCAGAUAAUCUGGCUGAGUAGAUUUACCUUUAAUUUGGUUCAAGAGUUCCCGGGACUUAUUAUAUCAGCUUUUACAAUCGAUAAAUUGGGUCGAAAGCGCUCCAUGUCAACAAUGUUCUUCCUUUGUUGCAUUUUCUUGCUCCCAUUGACUUUCCAACAACCUCAAGCUCUCACAACGGUUCUUCUCUUUAUGGCUCGAAUAUGCAUCACAACAACCUUCACUGUGGUUUACAUUUUUGCCCCUGAGAUAUAUCCGACAUCAGUGAGAACAACGGGUGUUAGGGUGGGCAGCUCGGUGGGGCGAAUUGGCGGCAUGAUAUGUCCGCUGGUGGCGGUGGGUUUGAUACAUGGCUGCCAUCAAACCGCCGCCAUCCUCCUCUUUGAAUUUGUUAUUUUUUCUUCGGGUGUUUGUGUCAUGCUUUUCCCCUUUGAGACAAGCGGAAGAGAACUCACUGAUUCUACAGUUCCUGAAACUGCAACCACUUUAGAAGUGGGUUGACUCCUCAUGAUUGUUUGUAGUUUUUACUUUUUAGGAAAACACACACACACAUACAUACUAGCAACUUGUAAUCGAUUAUAUGAUAAUUGUAAUAUGUUUUGAAAUGGAGUAGAUUUGUAAUUUAUAUUCAUAUCUUGGCACUAUGUAUAAACAAUUCAAUUUGUUACAUUUUUAUUCAAAAAUGUUAAUAAGUCCUCUAUUUUUACUACAAA